AUGGAUCCGUCGCUGUUGACGCAAUCACUCUGCCAACACAACCAGCAAGCCCUUGCUUCCGCGGCCUGGCUCGUGUACGACUUUUUGAUUACGCUAGAUGACGAGGUCGAGCUGGUGUGGAAGUCCCCCAACACGCUCCCGAAAUGUCUGUACUUUGUGUCAAGAUAUGUGGGGUUGUUCGGGCAGGUGUAUGCGCUGCUUUUCACCUCUAUGUGGGCAGAACCCCCUGACCUGAUUUCUGCCAGCUUCCUGGGCUCCAACGCGCUCCCUCCCUUCUGUUUUGCGGGGCUCGUCUUGUCAUUCGUGUUCCUCGGGAUUCUCCUCGCCUCUGUUGAGAUCGGCAUGAUGAUACGAGUAGAUGCGCUUUACAACAAGUCCCAUUAUAUACGAAUAGUCAUGGGGCUGGCUUUUGCUGCCAACCAUAUUCCGGCCCUUGUUCUGGGCGGGCUGUCACUUCGAACACUUCGCACAGGCACCAUACCCAUAUCGACGUUUAUCGACCGGCCUGGCUGCCUAGCAGUGGUAGAUCCUAUCUACUACAAAUAUGCAAUGCUACCCACCCUCGUGUUUGAGACGAUCAUGUUUGGAUUGAACACUUGGAAGUGCAUACAGCAUCGACCAUUUUACCCCUCCGCGCUGAUCUUCCUGCUAUGGCGAGAUGGAAGCGUGUAUUAUUUUGUUAUGCUAGCUAAUCUGUCUAUUCUCACCCUCGCCAACUUCGUCCCCACCUUCCCGAUCGCUCCGUUCGUGAUUGUAUGGGCUUUUGCGGUCAUCUCCUUCUCGGGCUCCCACCUGCUCCUCAACGUGCGCAAGGCCGCGGUCACGCGCCGCCCCCGCUCGCUCCCCACGAUCCACCUCUCCACGCCCGUCCCGUUCGCCGCGACCGCGACGAGGCACCGAUCGGACGCCCUCGAGGGCUCGGUCUUGGACUCGACGACGGCAGCCGCGCCGCCCAGCUCCCCGUGCAGCGCCGCCCACGCGCUCUCCGCGGACGGCGACUGGGAUCACGACCCGCACGAUUGGUUCGCGGGCUGGCAGGAGGAGUACUGGGGGGACGGCGCGGCGAUCGAGAUGGCCCCCGUGCGCGGGCACACGGUUGCGCAGUCGGGGCGCAGACUGUCCCCCGCGCCCGACCGGCGGUGA